AUGUCUUCAGCUAUGGCCAUGAAAAAUAACACACAGGAAGGGGACAUACCCACACAGAACACUGGCGACAUCUUCAUACAUCAUUCUGAGGCGGUGUGGGAACAUCGAGAUACUUACGGACCUCCAGGAUUCAAAGGUGUCUUCACUAAUUAUUAUGCGGCGCUCUGCGCAGCGUUCGCUGCAAUUGGGGGCAUGAUCUUCGGAUAUGAUCAAGGCGUUGUUUCUAUCGUACUUGUUAUGCCCCAGUUCCUGGCGCACUUCACCAGGGUAUCGGAUACUGCGAGUGGCGCAGGGUUCUGGAAGGGUCUGUUGACAGCGAUGAUAGAGUUGGGUGCGCUGAUUGGAGCCAUAAAUCAAGGCUGGGUUGCCGACAAGAUCUCUAGGAAGUAUUCAAUUGUCGUCGCCGUAACGAUUUUUACUAUAGGUUCGGUCCUACAAACAGCGUCGAUCAGCUAUGCGAUGCUGGUUACUGCCAGACUUAUUGGUGGCAUCGGCAUUGGUAUGUUGAGCAUGGUUGCACCCUUGUACAUCUCCGAAAUCUCGCCGCCGGAGAUUCGAGGCGCGUUACUAGUCCUCGAGGAGUUGAGUAUCGUCACGGGAAUUGUUGUGGCGUUCUGGAUCACAUACGGCACAAGAUACAUCGCCGGAGAAUGGGCCUGGCGACUACCAUUCUUGCUGCAACUCGUUCCCGGUCUUGUGCUUGGAUUAGGAAUCUUGUUCCUUCCAUUCUCGCCCCGUUGGCUUGCGUCAAAGGGUAGGGAUGUAGAAGCAUUGCAGGCUCUGGCCAAAUUGAGGCAAUUGCCGACGACCGAUACCCGAAUCCAGCAAGAAUGGUUUGACAUCCGGGCUGAGGUAGCCUUUCACAAGGAAAAUAGCGCUUUGAGGCACCCGGCGCUCCAGGACCGUAGCGUGAUGAGCCGCAUAAAGCUCGAGAUCGUCUCUUGGACCGAUUGCUUCAAGCGGGGUUGCUGGCGGAGGACGCAUAUUGGAGUAGGCCUGAUGUUUUUUCAGCAAUUCGUUGGCAUCAACGCACUGAUCUACUACUCACCUACCUUGUUCAAGACCAUGGGUUUGGACUAUAGCCUCCAACUCAUCAUGUCCGGCGUCCUAAAUGUCACUCAGCUCGUGGGGGUAAUCACUAGUCUUUGGACAAUGGACAGGUUUGGACGACGGCCCCUAUUGCUCUGGGGCAGCUUUCUCAUGACGCUGUCGCAUUUGAUCAUCGCCGUUCUCGUGGGUAAGUUCUCCAGUGACUGGCCAGGCCACCGUGCAGCCGGCUGGGUUAGUGUUGCAUUUCUGUUGUUUUACAUGCUGAGCUUCGGAGCUUCAUGGGGACCAGUGCCCUGGGCAAUGCCAUCCGAGAUAUUUCCCUCCUCUCUUAGAGCAAAGGGAGUGGCAUUAGCGACGUGCUCGAACUGGCUAAACAACUUCAUCAUCGGUCUCAUCACGCCACCUCUCGUGAUCAACACUGGAUUUGGGGCUUAUACUUUCUUCGCCGUUUUCUGCUUGCUAUCACUGAUUUGGACGUUCUAUUUUGUCCCUGAGACGAGCGGCAGAACACUAGAAGCCAUGGACCACGUCUUCAAGGACAUAAUCAGCGAGCAGGAGGAAGCACGAAGAAACGCUAUAGAGAGCGAAAUUAUCGGCAGUGCGGAUUCGAUGACCCGGUAA